AAUACAUAUUAAAAAUCCCCAUUUCAUAGAGUCUGUGUUGGAUUGUAUUACGGUCCCUGCUUGAUGAAUAUUAACCCAAAAUUGGUCUUUUAAUGUAUUGGCUGCCUUUACCUUAUGCCAAGUGCAACACAGGCUGACAUGCACCAAUUUGACAGAGCUGCACUGCUCUCCCGAAGAGGUCGCAAAAAGUCCAUGAUAAAUAACUCAACCCCUGGGUUGUUAUGUCUGACCCAUCUGGGUAAAACAAAAACUACCCAAACACUGGGUUAUUACGUCUGACCCAGGAGCUGGGUAACACAGAUGUGCACACUUAUCAAUGGAUAUGCCUUUGUGAUUGGGACAAUGAAACUAGACAGAUAAAUAGGUCUAUUCAUGUUGGUUUUGAUGGAGAGAAUCACAUGACACUGGAUUUAGAGAAGAAAAAAUACAUGUCACAAAUGCAGGAUGCAGACAACAUUGCAGAAAAUUGGAAUAACAAACCUGAUCUGCUUGAACAUUCCCUAAAAUUCAUCAUAGAUGAUUGUGUUAUCUUUCUACAACGCUACUUGGAUUACGGCAGAGCUACUUUUAACAGAAAAUUCCCUCCCAAAGUGUCUCUGCUGCAGAAGAACUCCUCCUCUCCAGUGCUGUGCCAUGCCACAGGUUUCUACCCAGCAAAAGUGAAUAUUACCUGGAGAAAAAAUGGACAGGAGUACCAUGAAUAUGUGGAGACUGGAGAAACUUUACCAAAUCCUGACAAAACCUUCCAGAAGCAUGUCAGACUCAAAGUAAAGACAGAAGAGUGGAAGAGGAACCAGUACAGCUGUGUGGUGCAACACAAGAGUUUGACAAAAGACAUCCAGAAGAUUCUGACAGAAGAUGAAAUCAUAAGCAACAGUAGUAAGUGUAAUGGAUAA